AUGAUGAAUGGGUGGGAGGAGAAGCACCAAAUGGACGAUGAUGUCUUUGGGGCAAAGGGAAGUAUUGUCAGCGCAUUUGAUGCCUUUCCCAAGGCGAAACCGCAAUAUGUGACGCGAACGGAGGGAGGCGGCAAAUGGACCGUCGCUAUGGCAGUCAUCUCGUUCUUCCUAUUCUGUACCGAAGUCGGCCGCUGGUGGCGUGGCUCGGAGACACACACAUUCGCUGUUGAGAAGGGCGUUGGGCAUGAGAUGCAAAUCAACUUGGACAUCGUUGUGCGCAUGCACUGCGACGACCUCCAUAUCAACGUGCAGGACGCAGCGGGUGAUCGCAUUCUCGCGGGCAGCAUGCUCAAACGCGACAAGACGAACUGGUCGCAAUGGGUGGACAGCAAGGGUAUCCAUCGUCUGGGAAAAGACAGCAAAGGCAAGGUCGUGACGGGUGCCGGAUGGCAGGAGGAGGAGGGUUUUGGCGAGGAGCACGUUCACGACAUCGUAUCUCUCGGAAAGAAGAAGGCCAAGUGGGGGAAGACUCCGAGACUUUGGGGUGAAGGCGACAGCUGCCGUAUCUACGGCAACUUGGACGUGAACAGGGUGCAGGGCGAUUUCCACAUCACGGCCAGAGGCCACGGCUACAUGGAAUUCGGAGCGCACCUGGAUCAUGCCGCUUUCAACUUUUCGCAUAUCAUCUCGGAGCUGUCCUUCGGACCUUUUUACCCCUCGCUGGUCAACCCUCUCGAUCGCACCGUCAACCUUGCAAGGAUCAACUUUCACAAGUUCCAGUACUAUCUGUCGGUAGUCCCCACCGUAUACACGGUCGGCAAGUCGGCUUCGUCAUCCAACACGAUUUUCACGAACCAGUACGCCGUCACGGAACAGAGCAAGGAGACCGAUGACCACAAUAUCCCUGGUAUCUUCUUCAAGUACGAUAUCGAGCCGAUCCUGCUCUCGGUUGAGGAGUCCAGAGACGGGUUCCUGCAGUUGCUCAUGAAGAUUGUCAACAUUGUUAGCGGUGUGCUCGUUGCCGGUCACUGGGGAUACACUCUCACUGAAUGGUACAAGGAGGUCAUGGGCCGGCGAAGAAGAGAAAGGAACGAGGGCUUCAUUGGAACCAAGGGUUCAGAGUACAACCAGUAA